AUGGCGGAGGGGUGGUUGGCCAAGUGCGCAUUCCUGGAGGUGGACGGCAGGGAGGACUCCGCGCACGCAGUGGAGCGGGGAGAUGCGGGGACGAGCGGGGCGGAGGAAGAGGCGGAGGCGAAGCUAGCGCGGAGGAACACGGUGGAGGUGGUGGCGGCCCUCGGGCUCGUCGCGCAUCUGUCUGGCGGCAAGGCGCGCCACUCCCCGGCGGCAUGGCAGCGCAAGCUGGAGCAGCUGCUGCCGCCGCACGCGUUCGCUCUGCGCGGUCGAGUGGCGGUGGUGGUGGUGGUGCCAACGCGCGAGCAGCAGCUCGCAGCGGAGAGGGCGUGGCGCAGGCUGCAGCGGCAGCAGGGCGCGCAGGGGGGGGACGCAGCGGGCGGGGGGGGCGCGGUGGAGGUGCACGUGGUGGUGGCGGGUCUGUCGCGCCUUCCCCGUGGGCUGCCUCCGUGCACCUUGGCGCUCGUCACAGCCGUGUGUGCGCCGCCCUCUGCUGCACCCACUGCCUCGGUGUCCUCUCUCUGGCCGCCCUCCAGGAUCCACGCUCUCCUUUCCGCCCCAGCGCCACUCAUCCUCAUCUUGGGCCACCACCCCACUCUCUCAGCCGGCAGCGACACGUGGCGCCAGGUCAUUGGCCUGUUAAAGGCCCAGGGCAGGUUCAUGGAUUUGGAGGAGGGUGGGGGAGCGGUGGCGAGGGCGAUAGCAGCGAGGCGGGCGGCAGUGGAGGAGAUGCGGUGCAUGGUGCAGGGCGCUCGAGCAGCAGCUGCUGGGGCCAGCAUGGGGGCUGCCUCACCACACGCCACGGGCUGGCAUGACCUGCCAUGGACGGUGGCACCAUGUUCUCCUAGCCUUUCCCCUCCUUCUCUCUGCCGGCAGGGCCUGUUCUCGCCGUCGUUCGGGGAGGCCUUGCAGCGAGCCGAGUCAGUGGAGGUGGUGCUGUGCCUCUGGCGCAUCCUGCAGGGCCGCCACGGUGGGCGAGACGGCAAGCCCGCCGCCAGCUGGCUACCGGCAGGGCCGGAGUGGGCGGAGGAUGAGGUGCCUCGGCGGGCGUUGAACGAUAUCGUGCAUGUGGACGUGGUCGGCGAUUAUUGUCUCAUCUGGUUACUCGCCCUGCACGAGACGUCCAUCACUCACGCGUCCUGCUGCACGUGCAUCAAGCAGGUGGUGCGGCUGUGGGCGUUGGAGGCAGAGGGGCGAGUGCAACAGACCGUGCAGCGCAUACACCGCCACCUGUGCUGCUACUCGCCCGCCUACCUGCACUACUGCGCGCAGCACCAGUACUGCCCCUCCUCGCCCCGCCUGCGCAUGCCGGCCCUCCUGCCUCACCACCGCAACAUGCAGUGGUGGCGCACACCCUCCGCGGACGUCAGCGACACAUCAGCGGGUGUCAGCAGCAGCGCCACAUCAGCGGACGUGGUGACGCCGCCCAAGUUCAUCGCACUGCAGCCCGCCGUGGCACUCACGCUGCUGGCGCGGGGCGGCGGUGCGCUCGCAGCGUCGCUGGGCCACCUGCCGUUUGAGGUGAACGCGGAGGAGAGGGCCGCCAUCCUCUGCCCCUCCAGCCUCGUCGUGCACGGCCGCUCUGGCACGGGCAAGACAACGGUGAUCAUCCACAGGGCUCUGCGUCUGCACCGCCUCUCCUCCACCCCUCCUCUUGCCUCUCCACCUGCCCACGGUGCCACUGGCAUGUGGGGUACUGUCUCGGAGGAUGGCUGGAGCAUGGGGGAGGGUGGUGCGGGCGAUGGCACGGGGGUGCUGCGGCAGGUGGUGGUGACACGCAGCCUGCAGCUGUGUGCGUCCAUUCAAGCCGACAUCACUCACGCGUCCGAGUCGCUCGCUGCACUCGACUCUGCUCACCUUGCCUCGCAGCCCUCUGCGGGCCUCCACAGCAGCACGGAGCAGCAGCAGGAGGCGCCACAGCAGCAGCAGCCAGCCCCACAGGUCCCGCCUCAGCCUACCGGCGGAGGCAGCGCCAGCAAUAGCAGUGCGCAGAGGCAGCACAGGCAUCACAUGCUGCUAAUGCAGGAGGACCUGGAGGCUUCUCUCAUGGGCUCCCUGCCCUCAUGCAUUGCCGCCAUUCCCCCCACCGCGUUCCCCCUCGCCCUCACGCUCUCCAAGCUGCUGCGCUUGCUGGACGCCUCUGUCACCCGCCCCUUCCUCCGGGUUACGCGGCGGCAGCGCGCGAGAGAGGUGGCGAGGCGGCGUGUGGUGGUGGCUAUCGAGAUGAGUGCGCAUGGGGUGAGGGAGGCGUGGGAGCAGGAGGAGGGCGGGAGGGCGUGGGGUGGACACGUGGAGAAGGAGAGAUGGGAGGCGAGGAAUGGUGGGGCACGGGGAUGGGGACGAGGAGCAGGUGAGCACAGCAGGGGUGGGCGAAGGGAAGGGCUCUGGGAUGCAUGGCAGCAGGAAACGGAUGAGGAGGUUACAUUGGGGAAGGAGGAGGAGGAGGAGCAGGAGGAGGAAGUGGAGGUGGACUAUGAGCGGUUCAGGCGGCAGUACUGGCCGCACCUGGACCAGAGGGCGGUGAGGGGCGUGGUGGUGGACGCCGCGUUUGUGUGGCGCGAGAUCACGUCGCACAUCAAGGGCAGCCUGCAGGCGUUGCAGGCGCUGCAGCAGGGCCAGCAGGGCCAGCAGGGCCAGCGGGGCAGCAGCAGCAAGACAGGGCACGUGGUGGUGGGCGAGGAGGAGUACGUGGCUGGCAUGGUGGGCAGCAACGAGCGCACGAGCGCCAUGGGCGAGCGGGACAGGCGCGCCGUGUACCGGCUCUUCCAGGCGUACGAGCGGCGCAAGCGGCAGCGCGGCGAGUACGACAGCGCUGACCUUGUGCUGCACCUGCACCAGGAGAUCCGCCGCAUGCAGCAGCACGGCGAGCCCUGGUGGUCCGUAGACCACGCUCUCCCCGCCCCGCCGUGGGCCAUCCCUGGAAGCACCACCACCACCGGGCUCCACCGCACUCCACCUGCCAGCACACCCAGUGCUCCAUGGUCGGCGUCGUGUAGCGGCCCGUGUGCUCCCGUCUUCCACUGUGUGUCGGUGGACGAGGUGCAGGACCUCACUCAGGCGCAGCUGGCGCUGCUGCCUCUGCUGUGUGGCAAUGUGGCCUCGGGGUUUGUGCUGGCGGGGGACACGGCGCAGAGCAUCGCACAUGGCGUGGACUUCCGCUUUGAGGACCUUGCUCGCGUGGUGUACAGCGAGUUUCUGCAUAAAGGGGAUGAACUCGGCAGGAUCGGUGGAGGGAGGAGCGGCCACGGAGGCAGCAAGGCUGGCCAUGAAAGGAGAACAGGGAGAGAAAAUGCGGAGGCUUGCAGUAGCAGCAGCAGCAGCAGCAGCAACAGUAAAGUGGGAGGGGAGGCGGGCAUGAAGGCGCUGCCGACGUUUCAACUGGUGCGCAACUACCGCACGCACCGCGGCAUCAUCCGCGUAGCCACCACCGUGGUGCGCCUGCUCACGGCCUUCUUCCCCGCCGCCAUCGACCGCCUGCACGCCGAGACCAGCGUCGUGGACGGGGCUGUGCCCGUCAUGGCGUCCGUGCUGCCUGAAUGGAAGAUGCACCUUGCCCGGGGCAUGCCGCUCAGCGCCACACAGGCCAUCAUCGUGCGCAGCAGUGAGGAGAAGCGGCGCCUCUUGGCGCUGUUUGCAGCCAAGCCGGUGGUGCUGACGGUGGAGGAGUGCAAGGGACUCGAGUUCCAGGAUGUGAUUCUCUUCAACUUCUUCGCCUCGCCGCAGUCCACCACCCCAUGGGCCCUCCUCUACACCUACAUGCACGAUGCCGGCCUGCCACUCGCUGCGUUCUCCCACUGCACCUGUGCUGCCACCAGCAGCCGCAGCAUCAAUCAAGGCUGUUCCUGCGGGAAGGGUCAGCAGCAGCUGCUUCAAUUCAAUGAGCUCAAGCACUGCGCGCUGUGUGUGGAGCUGAAGCAGCUGUACGUGGCGGUCACACGCGCCAAGCAGAGGCUCUGGGUGCUGGACGAGGAGGCCACUCCAGGCGACCGCGACGGCCAUGGGGAUAGUGACGGCUGCAGCAGGGCGUGGGGGGUGCGCAGCAGUGCGCCCAUGAGGGACCUGUGGCACGCCCUGGGUGUGGUGGCGGUGCGGGCAGGCAGCGAGGUGAUGCCCGAGUCGGUGAAGCGCGAGCCGGAUGAGGACGACUGGCACUCCCUUGCCUUCACCGUGAGCCUGCUUUUCUGCCCUCUCAAUCUUUUCUGGGCUCUCUCUUGUUUCGCGCGAUUUGGCCUGGCUUACCUAUUGUGCUGCAUCCUUCCAUCACCAACUCACCCACACUCGUUGUCGUUGUGUCUCAACCUUCCGUCUCCCUUCCCCGCCGUGCAGUUCUUCCAGAUGGGUGACUACGAGGCAGCGCAGGCCAGCUAUGAGCGAGCGGGCGACACGGACAGUGCGCGCUUCGCCCAUGCCAUGCUACUCUACAAUACGGCCCUGACCCGCAUGCACCCACACCCACUCGCUGCCAUGCCCUCUCUGCCACCGUCCUCACAAGAACAUACACCUGAGCCGCCGCUGCUGCCAGCUGUGCCGCCCGACCUGUUGGAGCGCAGCCCCCCUGAGUUGCUGCUGGAGGCGGCGCGCACGUUUGAGGAGAUUGGGAGGAACGCUGAGGCAGGCCGUGCAUAUGUGAAGGCGAGGAACUACGUGGAGGCAGUGCGAGUCUAUCUGCAUGCAUGCCGGCCCCCGAAGCACAUGGACGCUGCCCGCUGCUACCAGAAGCUGGGUCAGUUCGCGGAAGCAGCUGAUUGCUACAGUGCAGGCGGCGACAUGCACAGUGCUCUCCUCGUGUGCCUGCGAGCUCGCAUCUUCCCAAAGGGCCUAUCUCUUCUCGACACUUGGCAGCCGCCUGCAUCCACGUCAGCAGCAGCAGUGCACUCGGCGCAGCAGGUGAAGCAGCUGAGAGGAUGGUACGUGGUGGAGUGUGCGCGGUGGCAUGAGAGGCAGAGUGAGUACGACCACAUGCUCUCCUUCAUCCGCCUUCACCACUGCUUGCCCACCAAGCGUGCCUUCCUGGAGGCAGGGCGGCAUCUGAGGCAACUGGCAGCUCUAGAGGACGAGCAGGGCGACAAGAGCCGCGUGCCGGGGCUGCUGCAGACAGCAGGGGCGCUUCUAGAGGCGGCGUGGUACUUGUGGCAGCAGGGCUCGCCCGGGCGCGCACUCGUGUGCUUUGUUCGCCACUUGCACUGCCGCUUGAAUGCCGCCGGGCGCGGGGCGUUGCGCGUGGGGGUGCGGAAACGGGCAGGGGACAGGGGGAGGUAUGGCGGAGGCGGUGAGAUGAGCUGGGAGGAGGUUGAGAUGGCUGGGAGGCUGUGGGCGGUGGAGCGGUGGAGCUUUGCUGAGAGGGACGCAUGUGGGGCGAGUGACCUGGCAUGGGCGAGGGUGGAGAUGAGCGUGCUGCUGCUGCUGAUGGCCCAUGAUAUUGCCAUCGUCACUCACACUGACACUGACACUGACAGUGACGACGCUGCUGCUGCUGCUGUGAGAGGGGAUGAUGGUGAUGCCUGCCAGGCAGCUGUGGGUGCCAGGGUGGGUGGAGAGGGAGCAGCAGUGGGUGGUGAGGCAGCGAGGGUGAGGGAUGUGGAGUGGGAGGCGCGCUUGUCUCGCGCAUGGAUGGCUGUCAGGCAGGGGCAGGCCGUUCCAGCAGAGCUUGUAGGGAAGUGCACGGGCGCGGCUGGUGCAGAGGCAGGGAAUGACGGUGGCGGUAGAGGCGGAGAGGGCGGGCGAGACGGGGCGAGUGGGGGAAUUGCAGUGUGGUGGGCGGCAGUGAAUGUUGGGGAGGAGGAGAGGGAAGAGGCGGAGGAGAUGUGGCAGGGGAGGGACGUGAUGAGGAAGGGGCGAGAGCAGAUGGAGAGGGAGAAACGAGGCGUGACAGGAGGGUUGGGUGUGGAGGAGGUGGGGAGUGAGUGGAAGAGGGCAGAGCAGGUGCGGGCAGAGGUGCUGCUGGCAUCUGCGGGUGUGCAGGUGAGUGUGCGCAUGCUGCAGUGCGCCCAGGACCACCUCUCUUCAUGGCUGGCGCACUUCCACUCCGCCCUGUCCUCCUCCUCCUCCUCCUCCUCCUCCUCCUCCUCCUCCUCCUCCUCCUCCUCCUCCUCCUCCUCCUCCUCCUCCUCGCACCACGUGUGCUCUCCUCAACCUACAACACCAUCCACUGCUGCUACCCCGGCAUCUCCUUCAGCGUCUCCCUCAGCUGCCAGUGCCGCCAGUGCUGCAAGGGUAGUUGCAGCGCCAGCAGAGGAGGCAGCGGCGCGGCAGGUGGGUCAGGAGACGUGCACGCGCCCUCCUCCGCCGCCCAUCGGCCCUCUCCAACAAAAGUUAGCGCUCUGGUUCUACCGCUGGCUGUCCCGCCUCUCCUCCCUGCUGUCUGCUCUGCGCCACCUCCACGCCCUGCCCGCCGCUGGCCCACACCUGCCCCGCCUGCACGCCGCCCUCUCCCUGCUCUCCUGCUCCUUCCACCGCCACGCGCUCACCUCGUGCUGCCAGGUGGACGACGUGUCGCUACCGUGGGUGCCAAGGGGCGAUGUGCAGAGAGUGGCGAGCAGUGGAGCGAGUGGGGAGAUGCAGGGGAGGACGGCUUUGGAGAUGGUGGAGAGUGCGUGGGAGAGGGAGUACGUGAGCAGGUGGAGGGAGGCACAGCAUGUGGCGCGCACCGGAGGUGUCGAUUGCUCUUCUCGCCUGCUCUCUUGUCUGCAACAGGUGUGCUUAU